AUGGGAAACACAUGCGUGGGACCGAAUCUGAACCCUAAUGGAUUCCUUCAAUCCGUUAGUGCCGCCGUGUGGCGGACUCAGAAACCAGACGACAGCGUUAAAAGCAGCAAAGACGAGAGCAGCCGUAAGAAGAGCGUCCAUGGAGAUGAAACCAAUCAAAAUCCACCGGACGCUGCUGCUCCCUCCUCCGCCUCCGAUCCAUCUCCACAACCGGCUCCAACUCCGAGCACACCACCUCCUCCGGUGAAAAUGGCCAACGAAGAAGCACCAAGAAGCAUCCCAGACCCAGAGACCAACAAAAUCCCCGACCACGACGCGACGUCAAAGCCGAUGAAACGAAUGGCGAGCGCUGGUCUAUCAAUCGAAUCGGUGCUCGGAAGAAAAACAGAGAAUCUCAAAGAUAUCUACAGUGUGGGAAGAAAAUUAGGUCAAGGACAAUUCGGGACGACGUUCCUCUGCGUGGACAAGAAGACAGGAAAAGACUACGCUUGCAAAACCAUCGCAAAGAGGAAGCUAACGACGCCUGAAGACGUCGAAGACGUGAGGAGAGAGAUACAGAUUAUGCAUCAUUUGUCUGGACACCCGAACGUGAUCCAGAUCGUCGGUGCGUAUGAAGACGCAGUAGCUGUUCAUGUGGUGAUGGAUAUUUGUGCAGGUGGAGAGCUGUUUGAUAGGAUUAUACAGAGAGGACAUUACACGGAGAGGAAAGCAGCUGAGCUUGCGAGGACCAUCGUUGGUGUUAUUGAAACUUGUCAUUCUUUAGGUGUCAUGCACCGUGAUCUUAAGCCUGAGAAUUUCUUGUUUGUUAACGGAGAUGAAGAAGCUGCUCUCAAGACUAUUGAUUUUGGUCUCUCUGUCUUCUUUAAACCAGGAGAAACAUUCAGUGAUGUAGUUGGGAGUCCUUACUAUGUGGCUCCCGAGGUUUUAAGGAAGCAUUAUAGUCAUGAAUGUGAUGUUUGGAGUGCUGGUGUGAUUAUCUACAUCUUAUUAAGUGGUGUCCCUCCGUUUUGGGAUGAAACGGAGCAAGGCAUAUUUGAGCAGGUGUUGAAAGGCGACCUUGACUUUGUAUCGGAGCCAUGGCCUAGUGUAUCAGAAAGUGCAAAAGAUUUGGUUCGUCGGAUGCUGAUCAGAGACCCUAAAAAGCGAAUGACAGCUCAUGAAGUUCUCUGUCAUCCUUGGGCCAGAGUGGAUGGUGUUGCUCUUGAUAAACCUCUUGAUUCUGCUGUCCUAAGUCGUUUGAAACAGUUUUCAGCCAUGAACAAGCUCAAGAAAAUUGCUAUCAAGGUAAUAGCAGAAAGUUUGUCAGAGGAAGAGAUAGCAGGAUUAAAAGAAAUGUUCAAGAUGAUAGAUACAGACAAUAGUGGACACAUCACUCUGGAAGAACUCAAGAAGGGCUUGGACAGAGUUGGUGCUAACCUUAAAGAUUCAGAAAUAUUAGGAUUAAUGCAAGCAGCGGAUAUAGAUAAUAGUGGGACUAUAGACUACGGAGAGUUUAUAGCAGCGAUGGUGCAUUUAAACAAAAUAGAGAAAGAAGACCAUUUGUUCACAGCUUUCAAUUACUUUGAUAAAGAUGGAAGUGGUUAUAUAACUAAAGACGAGCUCCGGGAAGCUUGCAAGCAAUUUGGCUUAGCGGAUGUUCAUUUAGACGACAUUUUACGCGAAGUAGAUAAGGACAACGAUGGAAGAAUAGAUUACAGUGAGUUCGUGGAGAUGAUGCAAGACACUGGAUUUGGCAAAAUGGAUUUAAGGGUAAGUUGA